AUGCUCUUCCCUGCAAACCUCCUACCCAACAGUCCACCUCUCGAGACCAAAAAGGCGUUGAUAUUGUUGGACUUCCAGAAUGACUUUGUCAGUCAAGAUGGGCGACUACCAGUCGACAACGUCCGAGGCUUCUUACCCGACUUGACGUCGUUGGUGAGAGAAUUCCGCACCAAAGGGGAUGUCAUAUGGGCUGGAACCGAAUACAGGCAGCCUCGUUCUACCCGGUCUGCUAUGACAGGUUCUCACGCCAUCCUCCUUAAGCAGUUCCUGCAGGAGCACGACAAUGAGGACGAAGAGGGUGAGUGUUACGAUGGCCCCAGUUCCCCCCGCUCACCUACCGAGGAUCGUCUUUCUCCGUCAAAAAACCCGGACUUAUGUGAAGACCGUGAAGCCUACCUGACCCCGACCAUGACCAUGACAGGUCCAAGGUGUUGCUUACCUGGCUCUACUGGGAUUCAAUAUCCGAAGGUGAUCGAGUCUGCCAUGGACUCGAAAAAGGAUUUAAUAAUGCUCAAAUCACACUAUUCAGCAUUCAUUGACACCCAGCUUCUGAUGCACCUCAGGACAAGGCUCGUCACCGAGAUUUAUGUCUGCGGGUCACUUUCGAACAUUUCAGUUUAUGCAACUGUCCUUGACGCAGUCUGUCACGGUCUACAGGUGACCAUUAUUGAGGACUGUCUCGGUUAUCGCGACGAGAUGUGUCAUACCGAGGCUGUACGACAGAUGGCCGACAGCAUGGGAGCAAACGGUAUCGACUGCCAAGAACUUCGAGACGAUAUUGCUGGUUUGUUAGGCGAUGUGAUCCGGGAGGAGGAGUUCACCACCAAAUUCCAAGUAACCUUGCCGUGUCCAACUGGUAAGACAAAGUCGCAUACGUCCAAAAAUCAGAUCCACAACUGGAUUUCCAAUGUUGAGUCUGACGAGUUCAUCACUCCGCCUCCGGAAACCGAAAGAACUUCUUCGAGAAUAGGAGGGAACACGGCUGACGACAAGUCGGAAAAGGAAUCCACGGGUGGCCUGUCGAAGAUGCGAGCCCAAGCUGCUUCGGUCGAGUACAGCCCCCCACGAAAGAGGUCAACCAGCGAUGUCGACUCUUUGGAGGAGAAUCGCAGCAUCAAGUUGUCCCAUAAACCGUCCACAAGGCGCAGCUCGGACAACAGUCGCAACUCGGAAUUAACGAAGCAGAAGCAGAGACCGUCGGCCAGGAAGAGGUGGCCAUCUCAAGACACCUCUUUACAGUCUCCUAAGCCUAGUAUGACCAGCGUCAUCGAGCAUGUUUCGUCGACUACGGCUCAAGUCGCUGACAAAGAUCUGCGUCCCAAGACCGCAAAGAACGAGGGAGACAAUGAGCCAUCAAAGCCUCAUAGGGAGCAUCGCCCGUCCAGACAGAGGAGAAAGAACAAAAGUAUAGCCAAGAUUGUAGGUCAAGGGGACAAGAUUGGCAACGGAGACUGCCGGCUUUUUGUCGACGUGAUCGACAGUGAAGAGGCGAAGAACGCCUUCUACUCCUUGAGAGACCGAGUAAAGUGGACCAAAAUGUACCACCGCUCAGGCGAAGUGCCACGCCUCGUCGCUGUGCAGGGUGAGAUGGGUGGGAAUGGAUCCAAGAUCCCCAUCUACAGACACCCAGCGGACGAGUCGCCUGAGUUAUUACCCUUUGACAGCACGGUCGACAUGCUGAGGAAAGCGGCCGAAAAGGCCACCGGGCACCCCUUCAACCACUGUCUGAUCCAGUGGUAUCGGAACAGCGAGGACAAUAUUUCAGAGCACUCUGACAAGACGCUCGACAUUGUCCGUGGGUCCAGCAUCGUGAACUUCAGCCUGGGCGCGCAGCGGACCAUGAUCUUGCGGAUGAAGAAGACGGCGGUGCCGACCGAGGAUGAGGGCUAUCGCAAGGACGACGAAGACUCGUCACGACCUUCUCAGCGAAUUCACCUUGCCCAUAAUUCUCUUUUCGUCCUCGGCGACGAAACCAACCGAUACUGGCUGCACUCUAUCCGGGCAGACAAACGGCCCCUGACGGAAAAGGAGGCCGGUGAGCGUGCGUUUGAAGGACAACGCAUAAGUUUGACGUUUCGACAAAUCGGGACCUUCAUCAAUACUGUGGGGAAGACUAUCUGGGGCCAAGGCGCAACAAGCAAGGAGGAAAAAGAUGCCCGUAGACUGCUGACAGGGGUCGAAGCAGAUGCUGAAGGAGAGGCCAUGAUUCGGGCAUUCGGUCAAGAAAACCAUGCCAGCGGCGACUGGGAUUGGGAAGCAGCAUACGGGAACGGGUUUGAUAUCGUCUAA